AUGGACGUCGAGACAGUGCAGCUCAUGCUUGAUAGGGGCGCAGACAUCAAUGGAAGAGGCGGGGGCUUCGCAACCCCGCUACAGGGAGCAUGCGCCCAGGGAAAUUUAGACAUCGUGGCUCUGCUCAUUAAAAACGGUGUCGACGUGAAUGCGACUGGCGGGCUGCAUGGCACCGCUCUCAUGGCCGCAUGCGAUUAUCCUUACGCAGAUCGGAAUGAGAUAGUAGAAUAUCUCAUAGCUAGUGGUGCCAAUGUGAAUAUAAGGGCAGGACAAUACGGAAGCGCCCUUCAAACAGCAUCAGCCGACCUAGACCUAACCCGCCGUUGUGCUACUAUACUGAUCAGGAAUGGAGCAGAGGUCGAUGCUCUCGGGGGUAAGUACAAUUCCGCUCUACAGGCAGCCGCGAUAAGCGCCACAAACCCACCACCUAUCCUAAGAUCAGAUGGAAGUACGCUUGAGCUCCUAUUACGCAGCGGAGCCAACCCAGAUGUGUCUGGGGGAGGUCAUCUCAGUGAGUUGAUGUCGGCAUGUUAUGCAGGGGAUAUGAAGCUUGUGAACCUGCUCAUUUCCGCAGGCGCUGAUGUGAAUGUUUCCCACCAUAUCUAUGGGACCGCCCUACAGUCUGCUUCCUACCGAGACAACCAAGCUGUGGUAGAUCUCCUACUUUCAAAGGGUGCCGAUGUAAACGCACUGGGUGGGAAAUAUGGCACCGCAUUAGUGGCGGGAUCUAGAGCUGGUAGCACCGACAUACAGGCAGCAGCCCAUGAGGAUUAUACACAUAUUGUGGGGUAUCUCCUGGCGAGAGCAGCAGACAUCAAUUGCGUGGGUGGGAAGUAUGGAACCGCACUUCAGGCGGCAUCCCACAAAAGACAAGGAGAUAUUGUGGCUAUGCUCAUUUCCAAAAGCGCCACGGGCAACAACCGAGUUGGAAGAUAUGGGACCAAACUGCGGACAACAUUGCCCAAGAGGGCUUCUGUGACGGUACCUUCGUUUUCCAAAAAGGAUUUCAGAGUCAAUCCAUCGAGCGGCAUCAGAGGCAGUUCCGUGUUGGUGUCCGAAUGUGCCAGUGGCAGCACCACCCGCUCACGUCUGAAGGUUAUUCUUGCCCAAGGAGCGGACGUCAACCAACGCUGUGAGGUUUAUGGAACUCCCCUCCUGGCUCUAUCUGCUGCUGGCGCCGCGGGUCCCGAUAUAUUCGUGGACUGUAUACGACUGCUUCUUGCCAGAGGAGCGAAAGUUACAGCAUCAGGCGGACGAUUUGCCACCAUAAUACAGGCCGUUGCUGGGAGCCGGGGCUCUCAGAAUAAAAAGGCAUGCGGAAUAGUAGCAAACAUCCUCUUCAGGUUUGACGUGGACGUGAAUGCAACGGGUGGCGUCUAUGGCACAGCACUUCAGGCAGCAUGUUACCGCGGUGAUUACGAGUUGGCCAGAGGUCUCCUCAAACAGGGGCAAAUGUUUACGCCAGAGGUGGACGCUUCGAAGUUCUCUACAGGCUGCAGUCUACUCCGGCCAUCACAAAGUUGUUCAGUUCUUCUGGAUAAUGGUGCCAAUAUCAAUUCCAGCAGUGGAAGAUACGGGACGCCACUCAAUGCUGCAAUUGACAGAAACAAAGCAUAUGUUGCCGACCUUCUCCUCCGCUACGGAGCAGAUGUCCACAUGAAAGGAGGCCGACACGGUGAUGCUCUCCAGGCAGCGGUUCAUCAUCGGAACCAAGGCCUCAUAGAGCUUCUUUUAGAUUGCGGUGCUGAUGUCAAUGCACAUGGGGGCCUCUACGGAAGUGCUUUGAAAUCAGCAAUCCUCAGUGGAGACAAAGAAAUUAUCCAGCUCCUCUUACAGAGAGGCGCCAGGAUGAACAAAAGAGGUGGGAAAUAUAAUAACGCUCUCCAAGCGGCUAGUCUCAGCGGGAAAAGGUCAACGCUCGAGCUCAUCAUUUCCCACGGGCUCGCAAUAAACAUUAUUGGUGGACCCGGAUUCGAUGUCAAUUGCCAGGGUGGGAAAUACGGCAAUGCACUUCAGGCAGCAGCGGUGAGAGGAUGGACAACAAUGAUACGGCUUCUUAUAUUCAAGGGAGCAGACGUGAAUGCCCAAGGAGGUAAAUACCCGAAUGCACUUCAUGCCGCCAUCGUCAAAAGACACAAAAGUUCCAUUGAGUGUCUUCUGGAAAAUGGAGCGGAUAUCCAGAGCCUCGACCCUGGAUGUCUUGCAAAUGCCCGAAGGCGGAAUGAUCAGGAAGUGUUUCGGAUUCUGCAAAAAUAUGAGGCCUCGUUUUCCGAAUGUUGA